GCAUAAAUAGUGUUGACGGAGGUACGCUCUCUUCACAACCUUGUGAGACAUGUAAGCAAGGUAGCAAUGGCGUUGGUAAUUGUCCUGUGUCUGCUGGUGAUUACAACUCAAACGGUAGUUUGGUGUGACGUACCAGCAAAUCUUGAUAUGCGGCAUGCAAGCUAUGGGGACUAUAUCAUCGGUGGUAUGUACCCCUUCCGUUUUUCUGGCUCAGACGGGCUUUGUUCCUCUGCCCCAGGAAAAUGGGCGUUAUCAAUGUCCCAAACUAUGAUCUUUGCAAUACAGGAGAUCAACAGUAACCCUGCCAUCCUACCUGACUGCAUCAUCGGUUAUGAUAUCAGAGAUACCUGCUGGUCGGAGGAGUUUACGUUAUAUACCAGCACUGCACUGGCAGUGGGUCGAAAUUCCCGUUAUGAUACACAGACGAAUGCGAUACCUGUGGGAUUGAUCGGGCCUGCGUCCAGCGUCAAUGCUAUUUAUGCUGGUAAAGUAGCAGGUCUAUACCAAAUACCAAUCAUAUCUUACUCGGCUACCAGCAAUGAGCUCAGCAACAAGGAACGAUUCCCCUAUUUCUUGAGGACAGUCCCUCCGGACAAACUUCAAGCGCGGGCGAUGGUUGAUAUCCUUUUGCAUUAUGAUUGGCGUUACGUCGGCUUGCUUUACUCAGCGGACACGUACGGCAUUCAUGGUGCGUUGGAAGUCACGAAAUUAGCAGAGCAAAACGACAUCUGCAUUGCUUUCUCUGUUGUUGUUAGAGAAGAACCGCAAACCAAUGAGAUCAACGAUAUCGUUUCCCGAGUGGGUUUGUACCCCAAGGCCACUGUCUUCGUCAUUUUCAGUUUAGGUGGACACAUGUAUGACAUUUUAAGAGCCGUUCAUGCUACCUAUCCCAAUCGAAGACUCAUCUGUAUUGGUAGUGAUGGUUUCAGCGGCUACGGCUUCCUUCGGAAUCCCAGUUUAGCGAACGCUACGACUGGAAGUUUCUAUGUUGGACUGACUUAUAAUAAGGUUCCUAAUGUUGAAAACUGUAUGAUGUUAGAAGCAAUGAUCUCUUCGAGUUUUACGCUGAUUUACGCCCCAACUUUGUUGAAGGUGAACCGAAUCUUUCGCAUUUUUCAGUCCAGCAGAAGAUCCGUUCGUCGUCCGCGGUUUGUUGGUCCUAAGCAACAAUUGAUGCUGGCUUUUGUCUUUAUUCUCAUACAGGUGCUGGUGAGUGUCAUCUCAGUAUCAUUCGCUCCUGCUUUACCAACCUUCCUUUUCCCGCCCGAUUUGCGUAAAUACGUCGAAAUUUACUGUUCGUUUGGCCAGGGGUUUGUUGCAACCAUCGUAUACAAUAUGAUUAUCAUUCUAGUCUGCUGUUUCUACGCCUUCAAGACCCGCAAAGUUCCUAGCAAUUACAACGAGUCCAAGUUCAUUGCCAUCAGUGUUUAUUCCACGUUGGUCUUGUUCCUAGCCGUCAUACCGGUAUACACAACCGCUCUGCAUGUCCUUCAGAAAGUAGCCACUCUGUCAGCGGCAUUGCAGUUGAAUGCUAGUCUGACAUUGGCGUUGGUCUAUUUGCCAAAACUGUACGGGAUUCACUUUGCCGAUGAGUUAAACGUUCAAGAAUGGCGUACCACAGCAAACCAGAUCGGUUCUAUCAGUGGGAUAAUGAGCAGAAUGAAAACAGACUCAGCAAUGCAAAGCAAGAAGUCGGAUCCAAUUUAG